GGCACCCCUAACCCUGCCACGCGUUUACCUCGCGUUUACCCCCAUUGUUCUCCUUGCUCUCUCUCUCUUCUCUCUCUCUCUCUCUGCGUCUUUCCUUCCUUCUCCUUCCUUCUCUCGCUUCUUCUUUGCAGAUGGGUUGUCGGGAGUGUUGAGUGGGACAGGAUAACAAGUAUAUAUCCAGUCAAGUUGUCCCUUGCUCCGGGGACAACUUGGCUUGUCUUCGCCGCACGUCCUCGACUUUCGAACGUCUGACACACAUGCUGUUCGUGUGCCAACGGCGACGACCAUGUCCGCUCCCUCUCACGGCAAUUGUAACUUCUCGUUACAUUUAUUUAUGUGUGUUCCCUCUAGGAGUGGCAGGCGGUACGGUCCUCGAGGGUGACCAGUGAUCUGUACGAGCCGUCCGCCUGCCACCUUCUGCCAAGCCCACACUUCCUCCUUCCUCACGACAUCCAUACACGACGAUGCUCCUGAUGACAACAUCUGCCCUUCGGCACCACUCCUUGUCAUCAUGCCCACUGACAUCUCACCUUCUCGACGCCGUUUAUUCCCUUACCCCUGUCUGCCGUCCCUCCCAUCUAUCGACACGUCAUUCGUUCAUCAUGCCCAUUCAGUCAUUUCUCACGCGCAUUCGGUUGUAUAGCGAGGCGUUUCUGACCCCUCUCUCUUCACGUCACCGUUUGUAGAUAGAUCCUCCCCUCUUCGUAGAUACUUCCUGUAGUUGUGACGUUGUCCAGUCAAUAUAGGCCUGAGUAGUUAUGGGUAUUCCGUCAGUACAAUGAGAGACAACUAAGUGAGGAAAUGCCGGAAUUCUUUUAAAAAAAAACUAAGCAAAUAACCGAACGCGUUGACUACAUGCUGUGAACGCGGGCGCUCGAAUGUUGUUUGCCAGCUCACUACUGCGUCGACGGCCUCCUUUGCCUCUUUCUUCCUCACUUCCACUGUUGAACCAAUCUCUUCACUGCUUCAGUUACAGAAAUGGCUGAUAACACCAGUUCUACUCAGAUCUCUACUGUCACUGCAGAGAACUUGCCUGCAGUGGUUUCCACUGGCUCAGAACGGGCUCCUACUCCUGCUGGGAGCACUCAGGAUACCACAAAGACAGCAGAGAUCGAGAAGGCUACUCCCACAGGUAAUGAAGAUACACCUUCCGGGAUUAAUGCUCAACCAGAUGCUGGAGCACCUAAGACUCCUGCUCGGACCAUUGAGCAUGGUGCUUCUGUGAUGCAGAGUUCUCAUCACAGUCUGCUAUCUGGCAGAAAGGGAAAGAAGACAGUUAGAAGUGGGAAUAAUACCCCUGAGGUUUCCUUCGCCCCAAUUCGCGGUGCUCAGAAGCGGCCUGCUAAAGGCUCGCUUAAAAUUUGGACUGCUCGCCCAGGAGCAUCAAAGAGUGCUGCAGAUAUUCCAAACACAUCUACUGGUACUCCUUCAUUGGAUAGUCAGAAUCAUAAAUUGAUCACUUCAAAAUCCAAGAUUUCAGGCAAUCCACCAACUACACCAGUGAGACGUACAAGAUUGGAUCAGGGUGUUAGUCCAGGCUCUAAGAAAACAUAUGCAGAGGUGGUUACAAGCUCUCCCUUGGGUCUCAUUCGUCGGUCACGAACUACACCUCCAUUGACACCUGUUGGCAGAGGUCCAGAAGUCAUUCCCAGCUCUAGUCCAAUUGCAGCACUUCAGAUACCUCACUUGGAUGAUACCGUUCCUGCCAACAGCCCUAUGCAAUCUUUCAGGUGGGAGUACAAGAGGUUUGCACAUUCUGAGGACACUAGAAGGACACAACAUUCUGUCACACCAAUUGCUCGUAAGCCCAAAACUCCCGCUACUGCUCAGAAGCGUCUUAUUCUAGAUUACGUUUAUCCGGGACCUGUGCCUCCUCGUUCUCAUCGGCCCAAUCUCUCUCAAAGCAUCAGACCCUCUCCUGCACCCUCUGCCAUAUCGACACACACUAUACCAAUUGCAUCUUCAUCUAGCCUACCUCCCUCAGAUUUUCGCCCUUCCUCUGUUACACCUCGGAUCGUUCGCACAUAUUCAAGGAAGAAAUUAUCAGGCAUCCCAAUGAAUGUUGACUCCAAUGCAGAAUUGCCCAUUGCUCCCUUUGCCGCAAUCAGCCUAGCAUCCAAGAACAAUGCAUCACCUCCACCUCCAUCUCCACCCCAACCCUCUGCUGUCCAGAAGAAACAGAAAUCUGGUGAUAAGUCAGUAGGCUCUGAGACUGCAUCUCAGCUAGUUCUUGAUUCCUCAGUGCUGAAUGUUGAACGUGACACUGCGGUGGAUGACUUUGGUUUGCCUUUUGAACUUGCAAUAUCAAAAGUCAAAUCAACACCACACACUAUCAACUUCAGAGAUGAGCCUAUUGUCUCUCAAAGACGAACAGUAAGGCUAUCUCGUGCAAACCCUAAUGCUAAGGCAGUUGCAGAACGACACUUGGCAAAUAUUGCCAAAGAUGCUAAGCCUGUAACUGCUGAGCUCACUGAACGACGUCGAAAGCGCCAUGGCUACUUACAUCAGCGCAAUGCUCAAACAAUUGACAAUAGUUCCAAUGAACUACUGAUCACAUCAGAACUAGCUGAGCCAUUAUACUGCAUUUCUCCUAGAUGCAAAGUUCCUGGACAAUAUAAAGGAAUUAUUCGCAAUGGAGAAUUGGUGAUGAAGCGGCCUACAGCAGGUCGACUAGUUCAUGAUCACACAGCCAAGGAUGAAGAUGCCAAAACUCAUAUAGUGAACUCCACCUAUGUUCACUGGAAAUGCACUACACCUGCUCGUUGUUGGAAAAUUGUUGUGGCUUCCAUUAUGAAGGCUGAUGCAUCAGAAGUUGCUCGCAAGAAAGCAACUAAACAAGAGAAGAUAUCUGCUCAACAGGCUCGUGCUUUAAAGAAAAGACGUCGUGGAAAAGAACAAAAGAGGCGAAAGCAGAUGGAUCAGAUGAUGCAACAAGUAAUUCUUGAUGCAAUGGAAGUGGAUUCAAAGUCAGAGUCAGAUUCUGAUGAUGACUUUGACUUUGAUCCUAAAGAUUCUGACUCUAUUGCUGCUGCUACCAAGCUUGCAGAUGCCUUUUUGGAUUCUCUCAAUGGGCGUGGUGAGCCUAUAGCUGGUGGAUCUGAUGAACAGCCUCCUCCAAAAAGGCAAAGAAUGGCAUCAAGUGAUAAUGAUCCAAGUCACUUGAUUCCAUUGAGUGAAGCAGUGUAGAGAUAUAGAUAGAAUACUUGGCAAUUAGCUUAGAGCUGUAGAAGCCUAAUAGUAUGCAAUUCUGUGUCCAAGUUUAAACUUUGCCAAAAGCAUAAUACUAACUGAAUGAAGAUACUUUUAAUCU